GCCCACCACUACCAUGCUGGCCUUGACCGCAGCGACCGGCAAGAUCGGCGGCGCCGUUCUCGACGCCCUGCUGGACUAUGGCCUCGUACCUGCAGACCAGCUCAAGGUGCUGACGAGCUCCCCGCCAGAGUCUCCCAGGGUGCAGAAGCUCGUCGAGCGCGGCCUCAAGGUUCACCACGCGCGCUACCAGGACGGGCCAGCCUUUGGCCAGGCGCUCGGCAGGGGCGACACACUCUUUCUCGUGUCCACGCCCGAGAUCGAGCUCGACUUCAACGACGCUCCCCUCGGAAACGGCCGUGAGGGCCGGCACUUCUCGGCCAUCGAUGCCGCCGUCGCAGCCGGCGUCGACCGCAUCGUCUACACCUCGUUGGCCUUCAAGGACGGCUCGCAGGCCGGGGUCAUGCGCGCCCACUUUCGCACCGAGAGCUAUCUGCGGGACCUGCACAGCCAGGGCAAGCUCCGCAGCUACACAAUCGUGCGCGAGGGCCUCUACAGCGAGAGCUGGCCUCUGUACGUGGGACACUACCGCGGCGGCGACGACGACGACGACGAACGCAAGGAUGUCGUUGUCGCCGGCGACGGCCCCAUCUCCUGGACGAGCAUCGCCGAUCUCGGCCUUGCGACGGCUCUGGUCCUGACCGAGGCCGCCGAUCGGUUCCGUGAAGAGACUGUAUUCCUCUCGCAGCAGCGCGCGCUGCCCCUUGGCCAUAUUGCCGCCACCCUGGGAUGCUCCCUCAAGACCACCCCGCCAGACGAGUACGUGCAGCACUACGUCCAGACCCGUGGCAUGGACCGGGCGAUGCUGGAGUGGUGGGUGAGCACCUACCCAAGCCUGCCGGACGGCCUCUGCCACAUCCAGGAGUCGCCGCUCGAGGAGCUUUUGUCGAGCAAGGGCCGCUCGCCGCAGUCCUUUGAGGACAUCUUUGGCAAGAUGCGCUCGAAGCAGACAUGACUAUAUCUGUAGCCUUACCACCACCUCCUCUCUGAACAAUGCAAUAGAGCCUGCUGCC